CAGACGGCUCUCUUCAACUUCCAGUCGCUACUCCUCGUCGUCCUCCUCAUCAUCUGCACAAGCACAUACGUGCAUGCCAUAUUCCCGACUUUCAUGAACAACCGCAAGGAUGGCAUCAUAAACCCCUUCUGGAAGGCCGCAAGAGUCGGCGAGCGGCUAAGUCCCUACAUAAGCCUGUGUUGCGUCGCCAUGGCGGUA